CGUCAUCUCGAGACUCCGCCCACCGCGGCGCGUCACUCUGCGUGUCGCCUUUAGAAAUCGAAAGAUCUUAGCUAAGAAAGGCGCUAAACGAGGAAGGAGAGGAUGUUAAUGUCCAUCAGCUGCUGUUAGACCCGUGUGGAAAAAACCCGCUGCUAUUCCUGCAGUCACGUCCUGAGCGCAAACCUUUAACAUUACCGCCAAGCCGCCGAACUAACAGUAACAGCUCGCGUCAACAUGGGGAAUCGCGUCGCUCGCGAGGACUUUGAGUGGGUUUAUUCGGACCAGCCUCACGCCGACCGGAGGAAAGAGAUCCUGGCAAAAUACCCAGCGAUCAAGUCUCUGAUGGGACCCGACCCCAGGCUGAAGUGGAUCGUCUGUACGAUGGUUGCUGUCCAGUUUUUGGCCUUCUAUUUGGUGAAGGACCUGCCGUGGAAAUGGGUCAUGUUCUGGACGUAUGUGUUCGGGAGUUGCAUUAACCAUUCAAUGACUCUAGCGAUUCACGAGAUCUCACACAAUACGGCUUUCGGCAACAACCGCGCCAGAUGGAACCGCUGGUUCGCCAUCUUCGCCAAUCUGCCCAUUGGGCUGCCCUACUCAGCGUCCUUUAAGCGCUACCACCUGGACCACCACCGGUACCUGGGUGGAGAAGGGGUGGAUGUCGACAUCCCCACUGAUUUCGAGGGCUGGUUCUUCUGCACCCGUUUGCGUAAGCUCUUCUGGAUCAUGUUCCAGCCGCUCUUCUACACCAUCCGUCCCCUCUGCAUCAACCCCAAACCCAUCAGUCAACUGGAGUUCAUCAACGUGGCCAUACAGCUCUCGUUUAACGCUCUGGUGUACUGGGCCUGGGGCGCCAAGCCCUUGGUCUACAUGAUGAUGGGCUCCAUGUUAGGAAUGGGUCUCCAUCCCAUCUCAGGACACUUCAUCGCAGAACAUUACAUGUUCCUCAAAGGCCAUGAGACCUACUCAUACUACGGAUCCCUCAACCUGCUGACUUUUAACGUCGGGUACCACAAUGAGCACCAUGACUUCCCUAGCGUCCCAGGACGCCGACUGCCGAUGGUGAAGGAGAUGGCAGCGGAGUACUACAGAGAGCUGCCCUGCUACACCUCAUGGGUCAAGGUCCUGUAUGACUUUAUCAUGGACGAUGAACUGAGUCCGUACUCUCGUGUGAAGAGACGGCUGACCGGAGAGGUCAAACAGGAGUGACCGGGACGGGUGUUAACCCUCGCCUGCUACAGACUCCGUGACACAAAGGAAAAGGACAUGCUACUCUCUGGUUUUUAGCAAAAGUGCUAUUGAAUUUUAAUUGUGAACCAAAAAUGUUUGCGCUCUGCUGUUGCACGUUGUCUGACACUUUAUUAUUGUUUUACUGAAUUUUGUUCUGCAUUUACUCCUGUGUGGCUGUUAUACAUUGGAAGAAGGGAUGCACAAUAUUAUCACAACGUUAUCAGAAUUGGCCGAUGAUGUCCAGAUAGUCUGACUCUGGUUUCAGGUUUUGGAGCGGUUCAGUGGGUCUAUCAGUACUCAGUCAUUAAUGCUACUCAUCUCUCAUUAAUAGACGCCGUGGUUUGCUGAAGAGGCCUGUGUGUUUAUUCCUGUUACACUUUAUUUCAUCAUUUAACCAAGAAAACUGACACACCCCGGCCAACAAUGAAUGAAGUUUUGAGCGGUCAACAUUUAUACAUUUACUGUGACGCGAACUCAAAAGCCUUAAUAAAUUUGAGAUGGUGUCUUA